GCAGCACUCAAUUUUGUUUUCAAAAUACGAAAAUAUUGUUCACUUUGAGAUGAAAUUUACUUGGGUGCUCGUAAUACUCGUAUCAUCGGCAAUUGCCGAGAAAUUACUUGAGUGUACCUGCAAUGACGUCAUUGUCAACUGUGUACGCUCCUGCCAAAAGCUGUGCGUGGAUCAGCUUGUUAUACGCAAAUGCAGAUACGUCAAAUGCAAACGAGGCUGUGCCUGUGCCCCCGGUAUGGUGCGGAAGCGUGACAUCACAGGAUUCUGUAUACAUCGAGAGGAUUGCAAGCGCUGGAUCAUCUAGUCGCACCAUCGGAUUUCAAUAAAAACCAUAUAGCUUACUCUGAAG